AUGAAUGGGAGCACGCAAGUGGGGGUGGGCGUGGGGGUAGGCAGCCCAGGCGGCGCAGUGGACGCAGAUCACGGUGUCGGGCCCAGGCGGGUGCAGGUGGGCACGCAGAUCACGGUGUCGGGCGUCAGCCUAGAUGUUAAUUUCGACGCCCUCGGCUGCUUCAGCUUCCCCCAGGCGGCGCUCAAGGCGCUCAAGGCGGGGCGGGGCGUGCAGGUGUGGUGGCACGGGCUCGCGGACGGCAGCAAGAGUGGCAGCAAGGUCGGCAGCAAGGGUGGCGGGAGCUCGCGUGGGAAGGAGGCGGGCACGGAUGGGGCGGGUGCGGCGUGCAAGCAGCUGCAGUUCUUUGCCAACCCCGCCUGCAAGGGCAAGGCGCUGGAUGAGGUGCUGAAGCCGCAAUACGCCGGCCUGCGCAAAUUCUUCAACGUGCCCAGCACAAAGAAGGUCUCCCGAUGGACUUCUGUUUCCUGCAAGCCUGGUGCGGGGCCCUUUUCCUCCUUCUCACCUUUCCUCCGUGCCUUCUUGUCACGUUGCCUCCUUGCCCUUGUCACCUUGCCUCCUGCCCUUGUCACCUUGCCUCCUGCCCUUGUCACCUUGCCUCCUGCCCUUGUCACCUUGCCUCCUGCCCUUGUCACCUUGCCUCCUGCCCUUGUCACCUUGCCUCCUGCCCUUGUCACCUUGCCUCCUGCCCUUGUCACCUGGCCUCCUGCCCUUGUCACCUUGCCUCCUACCCUUGUCACCUUGCCUCCUGCCCUUGUCACCUUGCCUCCUACCCUUGUCACCUUGCCUCCUGCCCUUGUCACCUUGCCUCCUACCCUUGUCACCUUGCCUCCUGCCCUUGUCACCUUGCCUCCUACCCUUGUCACCUUGCCUCCUGCCCUUGUCACCUUGCCUCCUUGCCUCCUUUUCCACCAUGCCACCUUGUAA